AUGACUUUAUCAGAAUACUCGAUAUUAAAAGAGCAGGUGAUCCGUAACGUAGCAAAUAGUGAAAACUAUAGCAACUUGCUCAAAAAGUUAAAAGAUUUUUAUCAUGCAGACAUAGACUCAGAAAGAAAAUUCGAAAAAAUUAACUCUAUCGGACAGCUCAUAAAUAUUCUUGAAAUAAGAGAUUUAGUGUCAGAAGACAAUCUAGGACCUUUAAAAGAUAUAUGUUGGAGACUUAAGGAUCAGGAACUAUUAAAAAGAAUAUCUGAGUUUGAGACUCGUCAUGCUCCUAAAGAAUAUGUUAAUUAUUAUGUAAAAACACAAGAAAAUUUAUCUAAAGAGCCACAGAAAAUAUCUGAAAUUAAAGCAAAUGUUGUACAUCAUCAUCCUUUUUCUCUAGACAUUGUAAACCAGACAGAAAAAAAAGGUAGAAUAAGAGAAGCAAUUAGAGAAGGAAUCGGCUGUUUCUGGAAAGACCUUGGCAGAAAUCUUAAUAUUCAAGAAGGUAGAAUUCAAGAAAUAGAUGAAAAGUACAAUAACAUAUCUGACAAAAUUGAAGAAUUAAUGAAUGUAUUCGAAAAAAGAGUAGAUAAACAAAGAUGGUUUAUGAUAUUAUGUAGAGCCUUAGAGAGGUCUCGUAGAAAAGAUCUAAGCAAAUACCUUAAUGAAAUUAUGAGUAUGAGUUUG